CAAUAGCAUGGCAACAGUAAUGUGAUGGUGAAAUCAAUUGCAAGAAAACCCUUUGUUUAGGCUCCCGAUCUUCCAGUCGGGGACGGGAUUGCGGGACCGACCGACCUUCUUUCCGGACAUCGCGUCGAGUAUUGAUGCCAGACUCCGUCUCUUUAAUGGUGAGGGCUCGCCGCAACCUCGAGCCUUUCCUCUGUUUCGCAACCACUACCUCAAUCCAGACCAACUUAGGGCUUCUCUGUUAUCGGCAUCCGCAACAAUCUAGACAUGGAAUCUAAAAAGCAGGCCUCGAGCGACACUGAUGAGAUCGCCGGCGAGGUGAUUGAAAACAAUAUACAGUCCCCGGACAACGAAAAGCAGCCGCCUGAGCCUAUUGAGCCCCCUGAGCCCACUGAAUCCGAGCCGGAACACCAGUACAUCUCAGGAGCCCAUCUGUUCAUGGUCAUGACCUGCAUAGUCCUCGUUGGAUUCAUCAUGCUGCUAGACUCUUCUAUCAUUGGCCCCGCAGUCCCCCGAAUAACCGAUGAGUUCCACUCCCUCCAAGACAUUGGGUGGUAUGCAAGUUCUUACCAGCUAGGGAGUGCCGCCCUUCAGCCCCUGACAGGCAAGAUAUAUAGCCACUUUAGCAGCAAGUGGUCGUUCCUCGGUUUCUUUGCCAUAUUCGAAAUUGGCUCGCUGAUUUGCGGCGCCGCCACAUCCUCGACCAUGUUGAUCGUUGGGAGGGCUGUCGCUGGCAUGGGCACGUCUGGCUUGAUGAAUGGAUCGUUCACCAUCAUUGCUGGAUCCGUGCCCCUCAACAAGCGCGCAGCUCUAACAGGCAUGCUAAUCGGCGUCGCCCAGAUUGGUGUUGUGUGUGGCCCGCUAAUCGGAGGUGCGUUGACCGAAUACGCAACAUGGCGGUGGUGCUUUUACAUCAACCUUCCUAUCGGUGCAGCCAUAGCAGUCCUUAUGCUGUUCAAUCGCAUCCCCGACCAGAUCAAGAAGCCCGACCCGAGAACGGUGCUCCGGCAACUUCAUCGCAAGCUUGACCUCGUCGGCUUUGUCCUCUUCGCCCCGGCCGCGAUUCAGCUUCUCCUUGCGCUACAGUACGGUGGGCAUGCCUUCCCGUGGAAGUCGGCCACUGUCAUUGGCUUGUUCUGUGGCUCGGCUGCAAACUUCCUCGUCUGGGGCGUGUGGAACUAUCGCAGGGGCGACGAUGCUUUGAUCCCGGUCUCGAUGGCGAGGAAAAGAGCCGUCUGGACGAGCGCGCUGACACAGAUGUUCCUGUUCGCCAAUAUGUUCAUCAACAGCUACUUCCUCCCGAUCUACUUUCAGGCCGUCAAGGGGGCGACGCCGGUGAUGAGUGGUGUUUACAUGCUCCCCACCAUCCUGAGUCAGCUCACCACCGCUGUCACAUCUGGUAUCUUGGUCGGGAAGCUCGGCUAUGUCAUUCCCUGGUCUCUGGCGGCAGGUGUGAUUGCUUCAGUCGGCAGUGGUCUACUUUCCCGGAUUAGCCCCAACACGCCAACGGGGGAAUGGAUUGGAUUUCAGAUUCUUGCCGGCGCAGGGCGUGGACUGGGCAUGCAAAUGCCCAUCCUCGCGAUCCAGGCCGCCCUCGGGCCAGCCGAUCUCGCCAUCGCCGUCUCCCUCCUCUCCUUCGCCCAGUACAUCGGCACAUCCAUCUGCCUCGUCCUCGCCAACACCAUCUUCAGCGAGGUCCUCCAAGCCGACCUGCCCAAGUACGCGCCCGGCGCAUCGGCGCCGGCCAUCGUCGCCGCGGGCGCCACCGCCUUCCGCGACUUCGUCGCGCCCGAGGACCUCCCCGGGGUGCUGAGGGCGUUCGCCAAGGGCAUAGAUGGCACCUUUUACCUGGCCACGGGCAUGGUUGCGGCGUCCUUGGCCACCGCGUGGGGGAUGGGCUGGACGGAUAUCAGGGCGAAGAAGUCGGCGGCUAAAGGCGAGGCGUGAUGAGCGCAGCCAACUGACGGCGAUGAUUGUGCAAUCUCUUUUCUUUCUCAAUUGUUGUAUAGGCGGUGUUUUGGCAAAUAGCAAGCAUGCUUGUUCCAAGACUGGAGCAGUGCAGUUACUCCCCCCUUACUUACUUGGAUCUUUCUUUUCGGUUUGAAUAUUGGGUAAUAUUUGUAACAAGAUAGAAAUAGAAUAGAUCCAGACUAAUAUGUGAGUCUGAGAAAAACUAACCUCG